ACCUUCUCGUUCUUCUCCAGCCUAUAUCAUCACCCUCAUUUCCUCUCACUGAGCUUGUGCUCUACCCGUGCUAGUGGUUCUAAGGUCUCUUUUUAUCUUAUCAUUUCACUGUAUCAGCUUCCUUGAAUCAUUCGAGAAGAUGACCAAGAAUUACCCAACUGUUAGCGCUGAAUACCAGAAGGCCGUUGAGAAAUGCAAGAAGAAGCUCAGAGGUUUAAUAGCUGAGAAGAACUGUGCUCCUAUCAUGCUUCGUAUAGCAUGGCACUCAGCUGGUACUUUUGAUGUGAAGACGAGGACAGGCGGUCCAUUCGGAACCAUGAAGUUUGCUGCUGAGCUGGCUCACAGCGCAAACAAUGGUCUCGAUAUUGCCGUCAGGCUUUUGGAGCCGAUCAAGGAGCAGUUUCCAAUCCUCACCUAUGCUGACUUCUAUCAGUUGGCCGGUGUUGUUGCUGUUGAGGUCACUGGUGGGCCUGAAAUUCCUUUCCAUCCCGGAAGAGAGGAUAAGCCUGAGCCACCUCCAGAAGGACGUCUUCCUGAUGCCACCAAGGGCUCUGAUCACUUGAGGGAUGUCUUUGGCACCAUGGGCCUCAGUGACCAGGAUAUUGUUGCUCUCUCUGGUGGCCACACUCUGGGAAGGUGCCACAAGGAGAGGUCUGGAUUUGAGGGACCUUGGACUGCUAACCCUCUAAUCUUUGAUAACUCCUACUUCAAGGAACUUUUGGAGGGAGAGAAGGAAGGGCUUCUCCAAUUGCCUUCUGACAAGGCCCUUCUGACCGACCCUGUUUUCCUACCAUUGGUCGAAAAAUAUGCUAAGGAUGAGGAUGCAUUCUUUGCUGAUUAUGCAGAGGCUCAUCUUAAGCUCUCUGAGCUCGGAUUUGCCGAAGCUUGCUAUGCAUAAAUAUUGGGAUGAUGCCAAAACCUGAGCUCCGUGUCUCUGAUGUUUGAAUGUUUUUGAUUUCUCAAAAGAUUAGAAUAGAUUUUGAGGAAUGUUGGCUGAAGUUGGUGGUUGUGUUUAGCUAUAAUAUGUUUAAAGAGACUCAUCUUCUCCUUGUAUUGAUUAAUAAUACAAAUCUCUUUCUUGCAA